CCCCUGCUGUAGAUCUGCUUCAGGGAGACAAGUGACAGAAGUACACAGCAAGGGACAGAAAGGCACAGAAGGGGACAAAAAGGGACAGAAGGAAACAGGAAAAGUGAGCGCCAUGAUUAUUGACCGAGUUUGCGAGGGGUAUUCGGCGUAUGUGGACACCGACGCGGACGUCAUGACGAGUCCGGUGAACCUGUGGUCCUUUUACGGAUGCUCUUCGCCUGGAACGGAAGCGGGACACUUGUCCCCGUGGAAAGCGAGCGGAGACGGCGAGGACAGCGGAAGUUGCGCGGGGAGUCCACAGCGUCCUGACAGCAGCUUCACAGGGGUCUACGUGGAAGCUCAGGACGGUUCUCGGCAGGCGAAUGCACGUUACCAGGGCGUACGUGUGAAAAACACGGUGAAAGAGCUCAUCCUGCAGAGACGCUACAGUGAGGUCCAGCCGAAUAAGAAUGAAAAUGAUUUCCCAGCCAUAACUACUUUACUUCAGAACGGAAAACGAUCAGCUGAGAAUGCUUCGCCUAACUGCAUAACUAAAAGACCUGCGACAGAACACAACAAUGUCCUGUCUCCGUAUCUCUUGAAUGAGAGCAUGCCGAAAGAGCCGAACGUCUGCGAGGGACUCGGGGACAUGUUUAGCAACAUUGGGCUGUCCAUUGAAUCGGUGACGGUGCAGGGCAGUGAGAUUUCAAUCUGCCAACCAACUCAAGACACACAAGAAGCACUACCUACUCUGUACUCGACUACAUCGAGCCCACUGUAUAACAGCUGCCAGGCUCCUCAGAUGACAGAGAGCCCAUACACAUCCCCAUUCCAGUGCCUGAGUCCACAGCAAGGAUUCGGGCCCAGUGGGAACACAGUGCCUCAAAUUUCCUUUUUCCAGUGGCAGAUCCAGCAAGAGGAAAAGAAAUUAGCUGGAUUGAGCCCUCUGGAUCUCAUCUCCAGGGAUGGAGAUGGAGAUACGUUCCUCCACAUUGCAGUGGCACAGGGAAGACGAGCCCUGGCCUAUGUGCUUGCGCGAAAAAUGUAUGACAUUGGCAUGCUUGAUGUCAAAGAGCAUAACAACCAGAGUGCAUUCCAAGUAAGUGUGGCGGCCAACCAGCAUCUCAUUGCGCAAGACCUACUUUCAAUUGGAGCCACGGUAAACACUACAGACUGCUGGGGCCGCUCCCCGCUUCACGUGUGUGCCGAGAAGGGACACGCACUGAUUCUACAGGCCAUUCAUAAAGCUGUGCAGAAUAAUGGUCUGAAGGUGAAUGUCGAGGCUGUCAACUAUGAUGGUCUUACCGCUCUACACAUGGCUGUGCUGACCCACAAUGCAGUGGUGCAGGAUCUGAGCCACGUGUCCGAACCUCAGUCUCCUCAAACCGCAGCUCUGAUGCAGAAGAGGAAGCAGCUCGGCGAAUGCAUCAGCACUCUCCUGCUUAUGGGUGCCUCGUAUGGGACAAAAGAUCGCAAAAGUGGACGCACCACCCUGCACAUGGCUGCCGAGGAGGCCAACGUCGAGCUUCUGCGCCUUUUCCUGGAUCAGCCCGACUCUCUUUCCGUGAUCAAUGCCAAGGCGUACAACGGCAACACAGCGCUGCACAUGGCCGCCGCGCAAAACGGCCGUCAAGCACAGGCGCACGCCGUCCAGCUUCUGAUGAGAAGAGGAGCUGAUCCAAGCGCCAAGAACCUUGAGAACGAGCAGCCCGUUCAGCUAGUGCCUGAGGGAUCUGUCGGGGAACAGGUGAGAAGGAUCCUGAAAGGCCGUGGCCCGCAGGUUCGCUCCUGCAUGCUCGAGUAAGAUCGAUCUCGCCCGAACUCCGUCCGUCAGAAACACUGUCAGUCAGGCAGUCCGAUCAGUGUACAGUCUCAUUUGCCGGUAAAAGGCAGAUGUCAGUUGUUUCUAUGAAACAAAGUUAACAUUGUUCACUACUGUGUAGUAGAAGAGAAAAGGGAGGUCGAGCCCAGAGUGCAUAGUACAGGAUUUAAUUAGGAACUAAGCAGAUAUUAAAUUUAAAUAAGUGUAUCACAGCUUUUACGAGCGUUCCAAAUCAAAUUUGCAUCUGUGACACCUCUGGGCUCUGGAGAGUAAAGGGUUGUUUUUCAUUAUAUUGUUCUUUAAAUAUAUUAUUUAGCAUGUAUAACUGGGUUUUAUCGGGUAUUUUUUUGUUUUAUGUAAUCAAUUUUUUUCCAAGAAUAUGUCGGUGGAAUACAAAGUGCAUAUUAAUCUAAAUGAUGAACCAGUGCUCUGUGCUCUGUGCCUGCUUCCUUAUUUGUACCGAUGUUCUCUUGAGCAUAAAAGAGCUAAAGGACGAAAGGCAUAAGCUAAAAACAAACAAAAAUUAAUUUCAGCAUGUUGACUCUGAAACUAUAAGACGCUUGAAAUGUAUUAGAAUUUGCAGGUGGUUGGGUUUUUUUUUUAAUUGCGCAUUAAUAAUGUUCGCUCACACUCAAGGCCUUUUAUCAUCUUAUCUAUGCUGUAUUUUUAGUUGCACUUCUUAUAUGAUCUCAUCUCUGGUAUGCCAAGACUUUGAAUAUGUCUCAAGUUUGAAGAAGUGUAUCUCUCUUACAUUGGUGUGUGUGUAAUAUAUACACACACACACACACACACACAAGUAUAUAUAUGUUGAUUUGUAUCAAUAACCUAAACAUAUUGAUUACACUGGUGAUGGGAUUUUAAAUAUGUCUAAUAGUUUUUUGGCCAUGUAUGGUGUAAGGAAUCUGAAAUAAAGAAUUUAAUUAUUUAA